AGUGUGAGAGACAGAGGACGUGAGCGAGGACAAGAUGGAGCAACGGAACAGAUGAAGACUGUCUCGGGUGGCUUACAUCUUCCCUGUAAUCCCCCAAAAAAUAUUAGAAUGAGAUAAAAAAUAUAUAUAGUUAUGAACAUAUUGUUGCAUUUACGCAGAGUAGACUGAAGAGUAGGUUAUAAACAGUGUAGACGUAGUGAGUGGACACUACAAUACAUCAACAAUUUCCUGAGAGAGGAGCUAUACAGCACAGAGUAGACACACAGAUAACGUGACUGACCAGAUACUGUAGAAUUUUAACAGUACACUGAGAGAAAGAGAAGGAGGGUUGAUACAGUAAAGAGAGAGAGAGUUGAAGUAGCUAGCGGAGACAACACUGGAGAGAAAGUGAGAUAGGGAGGGGAGGGAGGGAGAGAUAGAUGUCCACAUCUCUCUGUUCCCCUCUCUCUUCACCCUUAAAUCCUUCCUUCCUCACCUGUCCUUCCGUCCCCGCCUCCACCCCGCCUCUCUCGCCAUGAGCCUGUCCAAGCCCCACCCUCCCCAGUCUCACUUCCUCCCGCGGUCUCCGCCUGGCAACCCCUCCUCGGCCCUGUCGCUGCCCCCCCCCGACCCCGCCCUGACGCCCUCCCCCGCCCCCUCCCCAGUGAAGAUCUCCAUGCAGGAGCACUUUGCCAUCAACGUGUGCCCCGGCCCCAUCCUGCCCAUCCCGCAGAUCUCCGACUUCUUCCCCCGCUUCCGGGACUUCCCCAGCCCCCCCCCGCCGCAGCGGGAGAAGCAGGCAGAGAGGGACAGGGACGGGGCGGGGGGCGAGCGGGACAGGGAGGGCGAGAGGGACAGGGAAGAGGUGGAGGAGGGGCAGAAGCAGGAAGUUGUGGAUUCUGAUGAUGAUGACGACACCUAUCUGGGUACGCUGGAGUUCAGCCUGCUGUUUGAUCCAGAGAGCAACUGUCUGCACUGCACUAUUAACAAAGCAAAGGGACUGAAGGCGAUGGACUCCAAUGGGCUGGCCGAUCCGUACGUCAAACUGCAUCUUCUCCCCGGAGCCAGCAAGGCAAAUAAAUUGCGCACCAAGACGCUGAAGAACACCUUGAACCCAGUAUGGAAUGAGACUCUGAUCUACCAUGGCAUCACUGCAGCUGACAUGACCACCAAGACACUCAGGCUGUGUGUGUGUGACAUGGACAGGCUGGGUAGGAAUGAGUUUAUUGGGGAGGUGAUGGUGGCGCUGAAGAGGCUGAGAGCCGGGGAGAGUAAGAGGUACCACAUGGGCCUGGAGAGACAGGCACAGAACAGGGAGCUUAAUAACCAAACCCAGGAGCAGGGGACUCCCAUGGCAGAGGAAGAGCGCGGCCGCAUCCUGGUGUCGCUGCUCUUCAGCCAGGAGAAGCAGACGCUCACCGUGGGUAUCGUGCGCUGCGCUCACCUGGCAGCCAUGGACUCCAACGGAUACUCUGACCCCUUCGUCAAGAUUAUACUGCAACCAGACAUGGGCAAGAAGUCCAAGUACAAAACGACAGUGAAGAAGAAAACUCUCAACCCUGAAUUUAACGAGGAGUUUGUUUAUGAAGUACCACAUGACCAACUGGCCAAGAAGACCCUGGAAAUUUCAGUGUGGGACUAUGACCUAGGAAUGAGCAAUGACUUUAUAGGAGGGGUGGAGUUGGGGAUCAAUGCGAAAGGAGAGAGGCUGAAGCACUGGUUUGAAUGCCUAAAAUACACAGGGAAAAAAGUGGAGUACUGGCACACGCUCACUCAGCAGUGUGCUCCCAGCAGUGACUAAUACACACACACACACACACACACACACACACAUACACACACACCACAUACGCACAUG